GAAUGAUUGGAUUUGGAUCAGACUCUGAGCGACAGCCAAGUACUGUCGAGGCUAUUAAGCACCGUCGUGCACACGAUGUGAUGUGUCGACCUUGCUUCUCUCUAACAGUCAAGCUACGUUCAGGCGAGCAGCUAUCUUAUGCAGAAAUUGGUGACAAGGCAGGCUAUCCAGUAGUAUGGAUUCCAGGACCCAACUACAACCGGUUUCUCAUGGCCAUCUAUGAGAAUAUGGCCAUUGAAUCUGGGCUACGUAUUAUAUGCUUUGAUCGACCGGGAAGAGGAGCUUCUACUCCCCUUCGACAUCCAAAGCUAUGGGAGUUUCGGUCAUUAGCAGGCUAUAUUGACGAACUGACCAGCAUUCUUGGCAUCAACAAAUUCUUCAUUAUUGGCCACUCGAUUGGAUCCAGCUAUGCUCUUGCAUCCUACGAGUUUCUUAAACACAAAAUCAUUGGACCACUGAGACUUUUGGGCACAUGGGCUCCAUCCAACCUGCCGUGCAUGCCAGUCAGCUAUGCCAUUCAACGCUCACUUCCUACUCGCAUGUUACGUGGUGUAUAUUCUUUGAGCACAAACUCCAGUUUGUCUUCAACUCGCCAGAUUCCUACGCAAAUGGGUGCCAUUGGCUCUCGAGAACUAAUCAAUACUCGAGAUCGUUUUGUGCACCAAGUCUUGGAACGUGUUGCCGAGGACCAUGCUACGGAUGCAUACAAGGCAUUUGAGCUGGACUGGCUGUUAGCUCUUGAAAUCAACAAGCCGUUUGGAUUCGAUCAUCGUGCUCUAACAUGCUCUGU